UCGACCAGACCGAUAGCGGCAGGGCUGGAGCUUCGCCGACGACGUUCAUAAACCGCCCAGCACGAUGACGACCUCACGAGACAACAUGUGGUCCGUUUCCUACGACAUCCUCAUCGUCGGCGCCGGCAUCGCCGGGUCUGCCCUCGCUCAUGCCCUCUCUGCUGCCGCCGCCCAACGCUCGCGACCCCUGCGCAUAUGUCUCCUCGAACGGUCGCUCGCGGAGCCCGACCGGAUAGUCGGAGAGCUGCUCCAGCCGGGAGGAAUCAUGGCGUUGAAGAACCUCGGGCUGGAGUCGUGCGUGGAGGGCAUUGACGCCAUUCCGACCUACGGCUACUGUAUCCUUCUGGAUGGUAAGCCUGUCCACAUACCCUACCCCGAAGGCUAUGAGGGUCGCGCGUUCCACCACGGCCGCUUCAUCCAGGCUUUGCGCGCGAAGGCGAAGGAGGCAGCUUCCGUGGAGGUCGUGGAGGCCACUGUGUCGGAGCUCAUCGAGUGUCCGCUAUCGGGGCGCGUGCUCGGUGUGCGUGCAACGCGCAAGGAGGAGAACGCGGUGGAGAAGGAGGCGUUCUUUGGGGACCUCACCAUCAUAGCGGACGGCUGUUUCUCCAACUUCCGGAAUCAAGUCAUGGGCAAGGCGGCGCUACCCCUGGACGUGAAGGGCCACUUCGUCGGACUCGUGCUGGAGGACGCCGAGCUGCCCAUUCCGAAGCACGGCACAGUCGCGCUCAUGGAUGAUGGACUGGCGCUUCUGUACCAGAUCGGUACGCAUGACACACGGAUACUCGUCGACGUCAAGAACCCCGUCCCCUCCGACCUCAAGAACUAUAUUCUCACGAAGGUCGUCCCCACACUCCCCGCGUCAUUGCAUCUACCUGCGCAGAAGGCUAUCGAGAAGGAGCGUCUGCGCCGCAUGCCCAACUCCUUCCUGCCUCCGUCCGAACAGGGCAAGGUCACGAAGGAGGGUGUGAUCCUCCUAGGCGACUCUUGGAACAUGCGGCACCCCCUCACCGGUGGUGGUAUGAUGGUCGCGUUCAACGACGUCGCGCUUCUGCGUGACAUGCUGCUCGACGUGAAGGACCUUGCGGACUGGAAGGAGAUUUCGCAUCUAUUGCACAAGUGGCAUUGGGCGCGCAAACCUCUCGCGUCCACUGUGAACAUCCUGAGCGUUGCGCUAUAUGAUUUGUUCAGCGCGCAUGACCCAAUACUUGACGUCCUCCGCACCGGAUGUUUCAAGUACUUUGAACUUGGCGGCAAUUGCGUCCGGGACCCUGUCUCCUUGCUUGCUGGCAUCGAACAGGCACCUUUCCUGCUCUUCCGGCACUUCUUCACGGUUGCGUUCUACGCAAUCUGGGUGCUUUUCACACACCCGCGGCGAGUCGGUGAGGUUGACGGCAAGCCCGUGCUCGCACGCCCGCGACCAGACGAGUACCCCUUCUUGGCGUUCAAAAGCUUGCAGGUGUUCUGGACGGCAUGUGUCGUGUUCAUGCCCCUACUAUUCUCGGAGAUCCGUUACUGAGGUCCGUUGCGUGCUCAUCGCUAGACGGAAUAUCGGCUUAGAUAAAUGUACCGUAAUAUCGUGUAAUGUAUACCCACGUCUAUUCGCUCGCACAUUGCAGAGUAUCU